GGUCGGUCCGGUCCGCAGCGGCCGGGUGCGGCGGCGCUCCGCGGCGGCCACUACUCGCCGGCCGGCCGCUCCGACCGGACGCCACACGCCGACAGCCUCACCCACCUGCGGCGCGCAGUGGCCGUCCAUUCAGCCGGGCCGAUAGUCCGACCCAUUCAGCCGCACUGCCAUACAGGCGCCGCUUCGAUCCGGCCGCCGACGCGCUGUUACGUAAGCGACGCGCACCUCGGCGCCGCCGGUUUGGGAGCCCCAGCGCGCGGCGGCCGCCCAGCAGUGCGAGCGAAGGUCGACGGCGGCGCGCGCGCUGUGGCUGUGCUGUCUGCCGGGGCGCCGCGACCGGAGAGGACCGUGCCAGCCGACGGACCGUGGAGCCGCACCAGCAGCGCUCGCAGCUCUGACUCAGGCAUGGCUGAUGCAGAGAGCCAGCCAGUGAUGGAGCAGGCUGAUGUUGCAGCAGAGGCUGCUGCCGAGUCCAUGUUCUCUACACUGGACCUGAUUGUGCUGGCACUUCUGGGCCUGGCAGCAGUGUACUAUGUCAUCCUUCGCAACAAAAGGAAGGAAGAAGAGCUGGCACAGAUGCAGAGCUUCACCAUAACGUCGAGCGCGAUGCCGAUGUCCGUGUCGGACGACUCGUUCAUCGACAAGAUGAAGUCGUCGGGGAAGAACGUGCUGGUGGUGUACGGCAGCCAGACGGGCACCGCCGAGGAGUUCAGCACGCGCAUCUCCAAGGAGUGCCGCCGAUACGGUAUGCGCGGCCUGGUGGCCGACCCGGAGGAGUGCAGCAUGCAGGACCUGCCGCGGCUCACCGAGCUGGACACGCACCUCGCCAUCUUCGUGCUGGCCACGUACGGCGAGGGCGACCCGUCCGACAACGCCCAGGAGUUCCACGAGUGGCUCAAGGAGACCGACGUCGACCUCUCGGGGAUCAACUACACGGUGUUUGGACUCGGCAACAAGACGUACGAGCACUACAACGCCAUGGGGAAGUUCGUCGACCGGCGGAUGGAGGAGCUGGGCGCCACGCGGGUGUUCGAGCUCGGCCUUGGCGACGACGACGCCAAUAUCGAGGAGGACUUUCUGGGCUGGAAGGAGCGUAUGUUUCCGCACGUGAAGGAGUAUCUGGGCAUCGAGGACUCUGGCGAGGAGGAGAAGCGCCAGUACGAGCUCAAGGUGCUGGAGGACGCCAACCACAACGACAUCUUCAGCGGCGAGGUGGCCCGACUGCGCUCCUACACCAAGCAGAGGCCACCGUUUGACGCCAAGAACCCGUACCUGGCCCCGCUGCGCGUGAACCGCCGGCUGCAGAAGGGCGGUGACCGCGAGCUGAUGCACCUCGAGCUGGACAUCGAGGGCUCGCGGAUACGAUACGAGGCCGGCGACCACGUGGCCGUGUACCCCACCAACGACCCGGCACUGGUGGACAAACUGGGAGAGAUCUUCAACGUCAACCUGGACACCAUCAUCUCCCUCAACGCCAUCGACCCUGACACCGCCAAGAAGCACCCGUUCCCGUGCCCGACCACGUACCGGACGGCGCUGCUGCACUACCUGGACAUCACCAGCGUGCCCAAACACUACGUGCUCAAGGAGCUGGCCGAAUACGCCACCGACGAGAAGGAGAAGGAGCGCCUGCUGCUGAUGGCCGCCUCCUCGGAGGAGGGCAAGGCCGCCUACCACCAGUGGAUGCUGGACCCUUGCCGCACGCUGCUCCAUCUGCUGGAGGACAUGCCGUCCUGCCGGCCGCCGCUCGACCUGCUCUGCGAGCUGCUCAACCGGCUCCAGCCGCGCUACUACUCCAUAUCGUCCAGCUCAAAGGUGCACCCGACGCGGAUCCACAUAACGUGUGUGCAGGUCAAGUACCAGACGAGCACGGGCCGCACCAACCUGGGCGUGGCCACCACCUGGCUGCUCGGCCACAAGACCAGCGACCUGGUGCCGGCAGACGGCGAGCCGCCCCUGCCCAUGGACGUGCGCGUGCCCUGCUUCGUCAGAAAGUCCCAGUUCAGGCUGCCGUCGCGCUCCACCACGCCGGUCAUUAUGAUCGGCCCGGGCACCGGGUUCGCGCCCAUGAGAGGAUUCAUCCAGGAGCGAGCCUUCCAGAAGGAGCAGGGCAAGGAGGUGGGGGAGACGUGGAUGUUCUACGGCUGCCGUCACAAGGAGGAGGACUACAUGUACCGCGAGGAGCUGGAAAAGUACGAGGCGGACGGCGUCAUCAAGCUCUCUGUGGCGUUCUCUCGCGACCAGGCGCAGAAGGUGUACGUGACGCACCACCUGAAGGAGCACGCCGCCGACGUGUGGCGCCUGCUGGGCCAGCAGAACGGGCACGUGUACGUGUGCGGCGACGCCAAAUCGAUGGCGCGCGACGUCAGCCACCUUCUGACAGACAUCUGCCGCGACCAGGGCGGCAUGGACGCCCAGCAGGCCGACCAGUACAUCAAGACCAUGCGCAGUCAGAAGCGCUACUCGGAGGAUGUCUGGAGCUAGGCGGACCGAGGGACGGGCCGACGGACCGGACUGGGAGGGAUCAGAGGGACGAGAGGGGCCGCGCGCCGGGACCCCGAGAGGGACAGGAGAGAGGGGGCAGGUCCGCGGACUGGUGUAGAGAGGGCGACAGUCAGGGCAGCGCGCAGGUGGCGCCACCCGAUACAGGCGGCGGGAUGGCGAACUACUAUCAUGGAGCAGCAAUGUGCCGGAGGCGCUAGAAAUUUGAUUUUGUAAUGCAUGUUAUAUGGAAACAGAAGAUAGGUAUAUCCUGACGGCGCGAUUUUAGGACGACGUUGGAACCGGCAUGACCCAUAUUUUAAUGUGCGAGGUUGAUUUUCAGCAUGGAUUUUCCCUCGUUUUAGAGAAUGUCUAUUGAGUGUGUCGUCUUGUUUCGUCGCCCGAGUGUUGGCCUGUAUUGCGUCUGGGACACGGUCAGGGAUGGGUCCAAAUGAGCCAGUGAGCUUUAGCACGUGGCGUUUCAGCUCAGCCGGCGCGCGGGAUGGCCAGGGACCAGACGGUGGCUGGCUUACCCCGCCACCCUGGACCUCCACCGUCUGAAUCGGUCGGUGGGGACCGCACAACUCUGUAGUACGUACUGUAUCCAAUCCACGCAGGGACGAGGCGCUCCGGUCGGGCCGCCGUCUCACACCGGGCACACAUGUCGUUGUUUUCUACAUUGGGCGACGUUAGUGAGCGUGAGCUGCGGGCCGGGCCCGUGAGCUCUGUAUCGUGUUUGUAUGUCUGUGUGUGGUGUGCGCGGCGGGUGGCGCGGGCCGACUCUCCCCUGUCUGUCGGUGGGACCGGCCCUCCCCUGUUGGUGGGACCGACUCUCCCCUGUCGGUGGGGCCGGCCCUCCCCUGUCUGUCGGUGGGACCGGCCCUCCCCUGUCGGGGCCGCUGGGCCGGCCGGCACCGCGCUCCCGCCGUCACACGGCAGCUCACCGAGCCGCCUGUUAUGUGGUGUCCGAAAUUACCAUAAUAUACGCGAUAUGCUACG